AUCAACUAAGUUUGCACAACUUAUUCAUUCGCUUUUAUAAACAACCAUGAACUCCUUCGUGACAACGUUAUGGUUUGCGUUGACCGUGCUCUUGAGUUUCGUGCACGCGGAUGAUACCAUCACAUGUGAUGCCACCACCAAAUGUCCUGAAUCAGCUCCUUGUUGUUCGCAAUUCGGUAUCUGUGGUACCGGGGCUUACUGUCUUGGUGGUUGUGAUAUCAGAUACUCAUUCAACCUCACCAGUUGUAUGCCCAUGCCAAGAAUGGACUCUUUCCAAUAUCAAUUUGACUCCAAGGAUAAAGUCGAACAGAUCGAACAACAAUAUGAAUACUUGGGUAAUUCCAGUGAAGCCGACUGGGUCUUCUCUGGUUGGGUCGACUACCAUGACGAUGCCCUUUUAGUGCAAAUGCCAAAAAAUACAACCGGUACUGUCUUGUCAAGUACCAAAUACAUCUGGUAUGGUAAGGUUGGUGCAACUAUUAAAACUUCUCACGAUCAAGGGGUUGUUACAGCCUUUAUUUUGUUUAGUGAUGUUCAAGAUGAAAUCGAUUAUGAAUUUGUUGGUUAUGACACCAAGAAUCCGCAAUCCAAUUACUAUUCUCAAGGUAUUUUGAACUAUAACAACGCUAAAAACUCCACCGUUAAUGACACGUUUGAUUACUACCACUUGUAUGAAUUUGAUUGGAGUGAAACCAAGAUUGAUUGGUAUGUCGAUGGUGAAAAAGUUCGUACUUUGCAAAGACUGGAUACCUGGAAUGACACAACCAAGAGAUUCGAUUUCCCACAAACCCCAUCGCGUAUUCAAAUCUCGUUAUGGCCAGGUGGUGAUCCUUCUAAUGGGUUAGGUACUAUUGAAUGGGCUGGUGGGUUAAUCAAUUGGGAUACUCCAGAUAUUCAAAACUAUGGUUAUUAUUACGCCUAUAUUAAGGAAUUCCAUGUUGAAACUGCCAAUUUAAUUGACGGGGUUAAACUUGAUGGUAGUUCCAGUAACUCUAACGAUUACCAUGCAUUCCUUUAUAAUUCUACUGCAGGUAACCAAGAAAAUGUCUACCUCACUAAUAAAAAGACAUGGUUAGGAAGCCAAGAUGCUGUUGGAUUUAAUCCACAAAACGACGUCAAACCAUCCUCGUCCUCAUCAUCAAAAUCUGUUAAAGCAACCACCCAUUCCAAGACUGUGGUAAAAACCAGUGGAAGUAAAACCUUCACUACAACUGAAGUAACCACCAGCAGUGAGACGAGCAACAACAACAACAACAACAACAAUGCACCACCAGUAAAUGCAGCACAAGCUGCUCAAAAGACUGGUACCUCCGACAAUGGAUACAAUCCAAGUGCCGGUAUUGGUGGAUUUGUUCAAGAUACAAGUAACACUGACAGUGCUGAUACUGGUAGUGGUAAUGGAAGCAGUGGCAAAAAUGCAGCUAGUGGUUUGAAUGUUGGUGUUAUGGGUAUUCUCUUUAGUGUUAUCUUGGGUGGUUCAUUAUUAUUGUAAAAUUGUUAUCUUUUUUAGAUGCAUGUUUUGUAAGUUAUUUAUAAUAUAAGUGUUAAAUUUAAGAUGUACUUGUAGGGAACACAGAGGUGGAAUUGCAAUUUUAUAUUUUUUUUUUGCAUCUAAAUUUGAUAUGUUCAAGGACUAGGAAGGUUCUACGAUUUGUUUUCAAAUACUCAAUUAUAACAG